AGCAAAACGCUACAAUCACAGCCGUGGGAAGGUCGCGCAGUGCCGAAAGCGUUACACGGCACCGAGUCGAUUCUCUUCUCUGAUGCUUGUGCUCGCGCUUUUUUUUUGUUUUUUUGUUUUUUGCAUGCUCGCACGGUGCUGAAAAAGACAGAGAGGAGGUUUUGCAGGACGGGGGUCGACCCCGGUAAAUAAAGCACGGAGAAAUAAAGGAAAGGAGGAAAAGGCGCUCCGUGUGGCGGGAGAUGGGACGCGCCUCGGCGCGGCUGCGCUCCAUCCGGUCCGCGCCGAGAGAGAGCGCUCCGACACACCGGACACAAUGGCACGGAUGCUCGCGCUGAUUUAGGCCGGGAGACACAAACCUCUCUCUCUCUCUCUCUCUCUUUUUCUCUCUGUGCGUGUAUGUAUGUGUGCGCGCGCGCGUGUGUGUUGAGGAUUUAUACAGCUCGAGAGAACGCGUGCUUCACAAAGCAGGAGAAAUUCAUGCGCGCGGAAGCUUGAUAUUUCCGAGAUGACGGAGGGUCGGCGAUGUCAGGUCCAUCUCCUGGAUGACAGGAAAUUGGAGCUCCUUGUGCAGCCCAAGCUGAUGGCUAAGGACCUGCUGGAUCUGGUAGCGUCGCACUUCAACCUGAAAGAGAAGGAGUAUUUCGGAAUCUCCUACACAGACGACACGGGUCACUUCAGCUGGCUGCAGUUAGACAGACGUGUGCUGGAGCACGAGUUCCCCAAAAAAUCCGGCCCUAUCGUCCUCUACUUCUGUGUGAGGUUUUAUAUCGAGAGUAUCUCUUACCUGAAGGACAACGCCACCAUCGAGCUCUUCUUCCUCAAUGCCAAGUCCUGCAUUUAUAAGGAGCUCAUAGAUGUGGACAGUGAAGUCGUGUUUGAACUGGCCUCCUACAUAUUGCAGGAGGCCAAAGGAGACUUCACAAGUAAUGAUGCCACAAGGGCAGACCUGAAGAAACUGCCCGCUCUGCCCACACAGGCCCUCAAAGAGCACCCAUCCCUCGCGUACUGCGAGGACCGAGUGAUUGAGCAUUAUAAGAAGCUGAGCGGCCAGUCCAGGGGCCAGGCUAUCGUCAAUUAUAUGAGCAUAGUGGAGUCACUGCCUACAUAUGGAGUGCAUUACUAUGCGGUUAAGGAUAAGCAGGGGAUCCCGUGGUGGUUGGGGCUGAGUUAUAAAGGCAUUUUUCAGUACGACUACCAAGACAAAGUGAAACCCAGAAAGGUGUUUCAAUGGAGGCAGCUGGAGAAUCUGUACUUCAGAGAGAAGAAGUUCUCAGUGGAAGUCCACGAUCCUAGAAGCAGGGCGUCGGUAACGCGAAGGACAUUUGGACACAGCGGCAUCGCCGUACACACCUGGUACGCCUGUCCCGCCCUCAUCAAAUCCAUCUGGGCCAUGGCCAUCAGCCAGCACCAGUUCUACCUGGACCGCAAGCAGAGCAAGUCAAAGAUCCACGCAGCACGCAGUCUAAACGAAAUAGCCAUCGACCUCACAGAGACGGGCACGCUGAAAACCUCUAAACUCGCCAACAUGGGCAGCAAGGGCAAGAUCAUCAGCGGGAGCAGCGGGAGCCUUCUGUCCUCAGGUUCUCAGGAGUCAGACAGCUCUCAGACGGCUAAGAAGGACAUGCUGGCAGCUCUACGCGCCCGGCAGGAGGCUCUGGAAGAAACACUCAGGCAGAGGAUAGAGGAGCUCAAGAGCAUCUGUAUUAGAGAAGCGGAGCUGACCGGAAAGCUUCCUAAAGAAUAUCCUCUAGACCCGGGAGAGGAGCCGCCUACUGUCCGGCGCAAAAUCGGCACGGCCUUCAAACUGGACGAACAGAAGAUCCUCCCCAAAGGAGAGGAGGAAGAAUUGGAGCGCUUGGAGCGGGAGUUUGCAAUCCAGUCUCAGAUCACAGAGGCAGCACGGCGUUUAGCCAGUGAUCCUCAUGUGAGCAGUAAAAAGCUGAAGAAGCAGAGGAAGACUUCAUACCUGAACGCACUAAAGAAGCUGCAGGACAUUGAGAACGGCAUCAACGAGUACCGCAUCCGCUCGGGCAAGAAACCCACGCAACGUGCCUCGCUCAUCAUCGAGGAGGCGAAUAUCGGCUCAGAGGACAGCUCUCUUUCUGAUGCUCUGGUGCUAGAUGAUGAUGACCCCCAGGUAGCAGGGACACCCACGUUUUCUCCGGUUUCCUCCCCUCAUAAAGGCCUUCCUCCUCGGCCUCCGUCGCACAGCAGGCCUCCUCCUCCUCAGUCUCUGGAGGGUCUCAGGCACCUGCACUACCAGCGCAGCGACUACGACAAAUCUCCCAUCAAACCCCGCAUGUGGAGCGAGAGCUCACUCGACGAGCCCUAUGAGAGGGUGAAGAAACGCUCCUCCCACUCCAGCAGUCACAGGCGGUUCCCCAGCACAGGCAGCUGUGAGACUGGAGGGAGUAACUCCUUGCAGAACAGUCCAGUGCGCACGCUGCCUCAUUGGAACAGCCAGUCCAGCAUGCCCUCUACUCCUGACUUGAGGACCAGGAGCUAUGUCCAUUCAGCCAGCCUGUCUCAGCCUUUCCGUGGGCGGAGCUCCAGCCUGGAGUCUCAGGGGAAACUGCUGAGCCUAGAGGCAGGACCCGAGGCAGAGCUUAGUCCAGACCUCUUCCUGUCAGGGCCACAGCGGGCAGGAAGCAGCGGCUCGGUAGUGCCAGAUGACUGCUCAUCAUGCACCAGCCACUCAAGUUCCGAGCACUGCUGCCCACCGGCAGGCGCCAACCCUAACUACCGCACCCUAGCUGAGGACUCACCUUCUAGAGCACGCCAGCGUCAGCGCCAGCGCCACAAAUCCGCCGGCCACCUGGGCAACUCGAGCUCAGGCAGCAUGCCUAACCUGGCCGCACGUAAUGGUGGGACACCUGGAACAGCCCACCAGGGCGUCUACCUGAACAGCCAGAGCCAGCCAUCAUCACAGUAUCGCAUUAAGGAGUAUCCGCUUUACCCCACAGGCAGCAGCCCGGGCGCUGUGGUGGUCCGCAGCCUGGAGAGUGACCAGGAAGGACACUACAGCGUCAAAGCACAGUUUAAGACCUCCAACUCGUACACGGCCGGCGGCCUCUACAAGGAGGGCUGGGGGUCAGCAGGGGAGGACGGUGAGGGCAGCAGUGCCAGUGGCAGUGCCAGGCUCACACCCUCCAGGUCUCAGAUAGUGAGGACUCCGUCUGUAGGGAGGGAGGGAGGAGGGAACAGAGCGGCCGUGUCUGAGGAGCUACGGUGCUGGUACCAUCGUUCGUCCGGAUCGCUCAAAGAGCACGCACGUCUCACACACACCAGUUCGAACACAGGGAGAGUCGGCACACUCGCUAAGGGCUCACCGGCCGCUUCUCCACACAGCCAGAGAAGUGGAACUCCAUGUAGUGAGUCAGCAGCAACGCCACCCUACAGCCCCCAGCACAUCCUCAACUGGCAGAGCGGAUCAUUCAGCGAUAGCUGUUUCCUGAGCAGUCCUCUGUGCUCUGAGCUCGCCGACGUGCAGUGGUAUGGACACGAGAAAGCCAAACCGGGAACUCUGGUCUAAAACCCGUCCCUCCAUCCCUCUCCUCCUGCUUCAUCCCUUUCUUCCUGGAACAGUGUUCUCUGGGCGGAUCUGUCCACAGGCUGGACCUCAACACGUAUUAUAGACAUACCUACGGCUGGAGCCAACACCCCUUCACCUUCUCUCUCUCUGUCUCUGUGCAUAUCCAGCAGUGCAGUGGCUCUGGACUUUUGGGAUCACGGAGGUCUUACAGAACCGAACUAAACCAAACCUAAGUUGUUGAUUCUCCCACUGCGUAUUGUAUGAACUCUGAACUGUGACCCAGUUAGCUGCCAGCCAGUUGCUCCGUAUGCACAAAACCCUUCAUCCAGUCCCAUCGCUGGAGUGAUACACCAGGGGUGUGGCCUCUCUUCUCUUUUGGAGAUGUGUUUAUGUGUGUGUGUGUGUGUGUGUGUGUGUGUGUGUGUGUGCAUUCUAGUGAAUUAGGCAUACUCAAACACACACAUCAGUGUGUAAUUCUGCGUAGAAGAUAAGGAGCACACACACUCCUGCAGAACGUCGCUGUCGGUCAUUUCGUUCGUAAACCUUCAUGUGCGCUGUUCUGUUCUGAGUAAACGCGAUGAAUCACACACCCCAGUCCACCGAGUGAACCAUCAAACCUGUUUCCCAUUGUAUGACGUUCUGUAAAAAAAAUAUGUGCGUAAAUAAGCAAGACCACACGAUGACAGAAACACCCUCGUGGAUGUGAUUCAGCCAAGAAAAGCAACAUUAUUGGCGUUUCUAAUUAACACAUGCUCAUGUUAGGAAUUCAUGGAUUUUCCAGUACUUUCCAAAAGCGGGUGAUUUCGGAAACACGGUAAAAGGCUGACCGCAGAGCACUGCAAUGACAACUGAAAUCCAGGUCCAUUAGUCCUGAAAAGCUUUACACCAAGCCAAAAAUAUAUGGAUACAAUAAAUAAUACAUGAACGGAUGACAAUUGAGACGUUUAUCUGUAUCGAUUAUCAAGGUGGUCAAUGAGGUUUUAAAUCAGAAUACUUUUUGUACCUAUUAAAGAUCUUCAUUUAGCUAAAUAUCUAAUCCUAGAUGUUGAAAUAAACUUUGUGCCUCAAUUAGUAACAAUUUUCUGCCUCAAAACUCCACCUUAUUAGUAUUCAGGUAGCACAUGAUGAGUGGAAUACUGAAUACAGAGGAUAAAACCAGCCAGUUUUAGCUCCAGACCACAUAAAUGAUAUAGUACUGUUGCUAUCCAUGAUAUGAUUGAUAACCAGUAACAUUAAAAUGCACAAAUAUCAGUAAACAGGGCAUUAUUAAUAUAACCAUUUCACAAACUUCAGUAAUGAUAGCUUAUUAAAAUAAUUACUUACUACUUUAACUUCUACUUACACCUUUGUUUCUAAUGAAGUAAAUACAGCGGUCCGGUUCGAAUCUCAUUGAUGUCAUGACCAUCUUUGAGUGCUUGACAUCAUCUCACAUGAAUUAGGGAUGGAAUCGAAUGCUAUAUAAGUAUGAUGAGUUCAAAACAGGCACAAAAAGGUCGUUAGUGUCGACUGAUUUAGACUAGAUGUGUCUAAACAACCCCCCAAAAACCAAUGUGGGCCUCGAGUUCAUAACCCGAGGAACUUUUUUGAAGAACAGGCCACGCCCACAUUGGCUUUAAAUCUAAAGAAACACUACACAAAUGCAAAUAGUGUUGCAUCAGUGUAUUCAAGUACAUGUUAGUGAUUAUGAGUGCAAUAUGUAAUAUACAGAGACGUUAUCAGUUCUUCUGGCUGGUUUUAUAUUGGCAAAGUGAUAUAUAUAUAUAUAUAUAUAUAUAUAUAUAUAUAUAUAUAUAUAUAUAUAUAUAUAUAGAUAUAUAUAUAUAUAGAUAUAUAUAGAUUAAGGCCUAACAGGAAAUGGGACACGUGUUUGUCCGGAUGUUCCAACUAUUCAGCAGAAACAUUUUGUGUUGGUUGUCAUUGCAGGGCUGUGUGUAGGAAUUUCUUUCAAAGGGUGAUGAUUUUGAUGCUUGUGGUCUCCAUUUCUGUCUUUGUUUCAUUUAUUUGCAUUUCAUUUAGACGUUCUAUCAGUUGUCAUCCAAUAGCUGUAAAGUUUCCCAAUAGCCAUGUGUUGCCAUGUUUGAUCUGAUGUUUUAUGGGAAACUCCUCUCUGAACGCUAGCCGGAUGUGAGCUGUGUGUUAGUGUAAACCUUUUGAGGAAAGUACUGUACGUGCCACUCACCCUCUCGGGCAGCUCCACCAGCCUGCUAGCCACCAUGGUGCUCUGAGCCUCUACUGUACUGUACACCCACGAAUAACAAAUCCCAUAUUCCACCUGCUCUGAGCCCACAAGAAAUCCUCGUCCCUGGCAUGUUCAACAUUGGGACCUUAUUUUUUAAAGUAUUUCCUUACUGACGGAGUUUUUCUGUAUGGUUACAGUUCGUACUGGGUUAGGGACUGGAUGAAACUAUAAGAGCACAAUGUAACGGGGCACACAUCAUACAGAUCAGCCACUGACCAACAAACUUCUCUCCGAUCGAUCUUACCUCUGUGCCAUUUUCGAGAGACGGCCGAAGCAUUCCAGUAUACGAGCAGAAUACACACAUCUCGACCUCGAGAAAAUCCUCCGCACUCCACACCUUAGGCUCUCAGACAGAGAGGGAAAACCAAACCACAGGGUGUUUGUGUUGUUUUAGGCAGCGGGAUUUUAAUGCGAAACGAUGGUGCUCUUCUCCUCAAGCUGUCUCAUGUGACGGGGAAACGCAGCAAGCCAUACACUAACAACCACGUCUACUCCACAUCGCACGGUCCAACAUCACACACACACUCGGAAAUGGACACACUGCAGCGACGGACUUACAGAGAUACCUAAAAGCACACUCUUUGGUUUUUUUUUUUUCCAUUCCUACAGAGUAUGUGCAUUAUGUGCCAUCAGAACCUUCAUAAUAGAGUCCGAACAGAACAUCCUGCAAUGUGAAAUCAGUUGCCGUUUGUGUUUCUUCUGGGGAUUCAGAUUCAACCUCUUACCCAAAACAGUGGGAUGCUGCCUGGGUGCAGGCCUGGACGAAGGUCCAUAAGUGCAAAACAAAAAAAAUGCAACAGCAAAUCAGAAAACAAGAGCAAAAAGAUUUUUUGUUGUUUUAUUUUUUUUAAAAUCAACAGCAAAUGAGAAAAUGCAACAACGACAACAAAAACAACAAAACUAAAAGUGCAACAACAAAUCAGAAAACAAAACGAAAUACAACGACUCAGAAUUCAACAAAACAAAAAUCAUAACAAAGCAGAAAACGAAACAAAAAUAAAACAACAAAUCAGAAAACAAAAAACAAACAAAUCAGAAAACAACAAAACAAAAAACAAUGAAUCAGAAAGCAACGACUCAGAAAACAACAAAACAAAAAUUGUAACAAAUCAGAAAACAAUAAAACAAAAAUUAUAACAAAUCAGAAAACAAAAAACAAACAAAUCAGAAAACAAAAAACAAACAAAUCAAGACAACAAAACAAAAAUCAUAACAAAUCAGGAAACAACUAAACAUGCGCAAACAAAUUAGAAACCACAACAAAAUAAAAACACAACAGCAAAUAUGAAAACACAACAACAAAAAUAAAUCAUCAGAAAAUGAUAAAACGCACCAGCAAAUCAGAAAACCCAACAGAAGAACUUCAAAAAUCACAUCAAUAUUAACUCUUAACAGCAGAGGGGCGGUCCUUAUAGAGCACCACAUGCUCGAAUAUGAUUGGACACGGCCCGUGAACGUUACGAGGAAAACAAAUUGCAAAAAAAUAAUGUUACUUUUGUUAUUAUAGUAAGGAGUUCAGUUCUUCUGACAAAGCUGGCUUCCGUCAGUCAGGUUUUCUGCGCUAGGCUCAAAGCUGAAGUAUCGAAAAUAUUAUAUGUUGAAAGCCCUUGAUUUUAAAAAAAAGCAGUAAUAAAAGUAUGAAUAGAUUAAUUUAAUAUUUUCUUGAACUGUAAACAUCCUCCAUGUGUCUGCUUUCCACCUACACUAGCAGUGACGUACGCUGCAGCUAAUCAGCACCAAGUCCGUCCUUCUCUAUGGUCCUCACUUCCUGUUUGAAGACACAUGAUUUCUGAUUUGCUGUUGCAUCGUUUGUUUUUGUUCCAGAUUGUUUUUGUGUUUUCUGAUUCUUUUUUUUUUUUUGGGGGGGGGGGAUGUUUGUUCACGUUGUCUCACCGUAGACCUGAGUCCAAACUCCGACGCAAAAAGUGAAGCCACAGAAAGUUGAAGCCGGAGUCAUCCGUAACCCUUUCACGCGAAGAAGCCGUCUCAUUCCCGCAGUGCUGUGAUUCAGGUCUCGUGUUGAUCUCGUUCUGUGAGAAAUGAGAAAAGCGUAUAUUCUCUCCUCCUGCCCUCCUUUCCUACCUGUAUUUAAUAACAAGCCUAAACCUUUUAUAAUAAAAGAAUAAACUAACACAUUUAUCAACAUAUAUGGAAAAGACUAUGGAAACCUGUCUGGGUUAUUUUACAAGAAGAAGAAGUAGAAGAAGAAAAUACACGAAACCUUCAAAUGUUUUAAUAUUUUUAUUUUUUAUUUUUUUUUUAAUCGAACAGUAUUUUUGUUUUAUUUCCAUUUUUUUCCUUCCAUCUUUUCUCACUAUGUCAGGACAAAGUAACCCUUUCAGGUGCUACAGGAUGACCAGUUACUGCGUUGUUUCCUAGCUGUAGACUUUUCCUAACCGUCGUCAAUAGUUUUAAUACGAGUCGUGCAAAAUGAAGGAUGUUAGUUACUAAAACCGUGUCGCUCACGCCCUCAUUCCUGACAAUAGAGCAUGUUUUCAUCCCUUUAUGGAGUUUCAAAUAAAAAAAAUAAAUAAAUAAAUAACCGCACACGUGAUAACGGUGUUGUAGAAAACCAGAUGUGGAGAGUUGUUGUUGGGGGAGAAUAACAAUGAAGUUCCACAGUUAAUUUAUUCUUUUUCUAUUAAGAAUUUGUAUAGUAACUUUACAUUUUUCAAAAACCGUGUUGUUGGCAACUGAAUCUGAAUUUUCCAGAUGAGAAAUGUGGUGGUUCUUGAAAUUAUGAAAAUAAAUUAUUGCUGAAUGUU